AUGUCUGGUAUUAGGCAGAGCAAGUUUAAGCAUGUUUUUGGAAAACCUUUAAAACGAGAUGAGUGCUAUGAUUGCAUUCCAAUUACGAGAAGCACGCAUGAUACGUCAUUUUGUGCAGUUAAUCCCAAGUAUCUUGCAAUUAUUACUGAAUCCAGUGGUGGUGGUGGAUUUACUGUGAUUCCAAUCAAACAGGUGGGUCGCAUGCCAAGUGUUUUGCCCAUGGUUGCCGGCCAUACUUCCGCUGUGCUUGAUAUUCAGUGGUGUCCCCACAACAAUGACGUCAUUGCAAGUGCCUCUGAUGACUGCACUGUUAAAGUAUGGGAGAUUCCUGAGGGUGGCAUAGGAAAAGAACCCUUAACGGAGUCGAUUGCUACCUUGAUAGGGCAUCAACGACGUGUAUACCUUGUUGUUUGGCAUCCUACAGCACAGGGUGUGAUCGCUUCUUCUAGUGCUGAUAACAUGACCAUCUUAUGGGAUUCGGUAGCUCAAUCUCAACUCAUAGCUGUCGAAUUCCCCAACCUUGUCACUUGUCUUAGCUUUAACUACAAUGGUUCAAAGUUGGCGGCAUGCUGCAAGGAUGGAAUAACACGCAUAAUGGAUCCGAGAACUGGAAGGUUCACCGAAACGGGCACCUGCCACGAGGGUAAGAAGCCGCAGAUGUGCGUCUUCGUGGAAGGCGAUCGUCUCUUCACUACAGGCUUUUCGAAGAUGAGUGAGCGUCAGUUGGCUCUUUGGGACUCGAGUGACCUGAGUAAAUGUCUCUGGCGUGAGGAGCUCGACAUCACCAACGGUGUCCUUUUUCCCUUCUAUGACAUUGACACGCACCUCAUAUUUGUCUGCGGUAAGGGCGACAGUUCAGUGCGGUACUUUGAAUACUCUCCGCAUGAUAACCAGGUGUACUACCUGAGUCGCUACGACAGCACCGAUCCACAACGCGGUUUCGCCUUCAUGCCCAAACUGGGACUCAACGUGGCGAUCUGUGAAAUCGCUCGCAUGUACAAGCUGCACAACAAGAAUUGGUGCGAGGUCAUCCCCUUCACGGUGCCCCGUAAGUCGGGUCUCUUCCAGGAGGACCUCUACCCCGACACCGUUGCUCCCGUCUCCUCUAUCUCCUGCGAUGCCUGGUUCCAUGGCCAGGACGCCGAUCCUAUCAAGAUUUCCGUCAAGGAGGCGGGCAAUAUUCCAAAAUCAGGUUCUGCAUUGCAACCACAACCACCCUCCAGAUCUGUGUCUGCGACAGGUUCUUCGGACGCUGCGAGAGCGCCGCAUCAUGCACCUCCAGUGGCCUCGGAAAGUCGCGGUAGUCACCACAGCGACCACCCUUCCUCGUCCGACCAAAACCAUGCUCCCCUGAUGUGCGCGGAGAUGAUGGGGGAGAUGACCCGCGUGGUGGACAAACUGUCUGACCAAGUGAAACGGUUGGAGCACCGGGUGCGAUGCCUGGAGGAGAAGUACGAAAAGGGCGACGAUGACAGCUUUAGCACCAGCAAAUCCAGCAUCUCCAGAUCCAGUAGCCAUUAG